UUUCUCUCUCUCCCUUACACACUCCCUCUCUCUUUUUAGCAGCAACAUACAAGCCGGCCAUAUUAGGGAGAUGGAAAUAAAGCUUCCUUUAUAUUGUAUAUGUCUUUGAAGUACAUCGUGCAUUUUUUUUUAGCAUCAAACCAUUCCUUCCGGUCGUCCUCUGCCCCUCACAUCACCCUCUCCCAUAGCCCACCCGACCAACAUCUCAGUCUCUGAAAAUGUACAGAGAUGCCUGGCUACCUCGCCCUGCCUUCAGUCUCACGGGGCUCAGUCUCUUUUUCUCUUUGGUGCCACCGGGGCGGAGCAUGGAGGUCACGGUACCUACCACCCUCAAUGUCCUCAACGGCUCUGACGCCCGGCUGCUCUGCACCUUCAACUCCUGCUACACGGUGAACCACAAGCAGUUCUCCCUGAACUGGACCUACCAGGAGUGCAGUAAUUGCUCCGAGGAGAUGUUCCUCCAGUUCCGCAUGAAAAUCAUUAACCUGAAGCUGGAGCGGUUCCGAGACCGCGUGGAGUUCUCGGGGAACCCCAGCAAGUACGACGUGUCGGUGACGCUGAGGGAUGUGCAGCUGGAGGACGAGGGCAUCUACAACUGCUACAUCAUGAACCCGCCCGACCGCCACCGCGGCCACGGCAAGAUCCAGCUGCAGGUCCUCCUGGAAGAGCCCCCCGAGCGGGACUCCACGGUGGCGGUGAUCGUGGGUGCCUCCGUGGGGGGCUUCCUGGCUGUGGUCAUCUUGGUGCUGAUGGUAGUCAAGUGCGUGAGGAGGAAAAAAGAGCAGAAACUGAGCACGGAUGACCUGAAGACCGAGGAGGAGGGCAAGACGGAUGGCGAAGGCAACGCCGAGGACGGCACCAAGUAACGGGCGGCGGCCCUCAGCCCUCCCCGCGUCUUGUCUCCUCCCACUCUGCCCUGUGCCGUGUGACCCUGCUGCCCUCUCUUGGUGUGCUUCUCUUGAACCAGGACCCCAGGGCCCACCUGGGCUUCCUGAGCCCCUCUCUUCGUGUCCCCUCCCCUGAACCAAGAGUGACCCACCUCUCUUCCAUCUGAGAAACCUGCCAUGGCAUCUGGGCUAUGCGGGCCCUGGGCGAUGCGAGAAGGGCUCCAGGCUGCUGGUCUCUGAGAGGAGGCAGGAGGCACAGCGAGGGUCCCAGAGAGAAGGGGGAGACUGGGCAGUGGCAGAGGCGAGUCCAGCUGUCCAGCCUGCCCAGUGCUCGGUCUUACAGUGGCUUUGAAGAGGACCUGGAGGGGGGGCUGUCUUGUGCUGGCCGAGCUGCUGCAGGAAGGCCUGGGUGUGCACUGUGGAGCCCCUCAGCUGCUUCCAGCCCGGGGCAGCCUCCUCAGGCUGGGGAUGAUGAGGAGACUCUCUAAUUGGGGUGGGGCAUGGUAAAGGGAUGCCUGCGCAUGUCCAGGGCAUGGACGGAAGCUGGGGCUGGAGGACAGCUUCACUGGAGCACUGGCCCAGGGCGCUGCGGCUGUCCUGGUUCCCUCGAGGGCUAGUUCUACAGGAGCCUCCUUGUUCUCCAUUGGCUACUGAUCCUUUGGGAGUGUCGUGGGGCCACACAGGGCAGGGGUAUGUCCACCACUGGUCCCCACCAGCAGCUGAGUGACUGAGGGGUGAGGUUCACGGUAACAAAGAGAUGCUUGCUCCAGCCGGGGAACCACCUGACCUGGGCCCAGAGCAGCCGGCGCAGAGCCAAGGCCGUGGCUGCGGCCUGCAGAGCAGGGCGGCUCACUGAGGGCCCGGCGCAGACUUGCCCAGUGGCCCUCAGUAGCUUUCCGACUGGCUUUGGCUGGAGGGUUGGUGCAGGAAGGCCAGAUGGACGCCUGUGGGGCCCUUGGAGCCUCCGAGCCCCUGGGCAGCCCUGUCCCAUCUGGAGUUGAGUUGUCCGUUCCCCUGUCCCAACGACUCACAGAGCCAAUGUUCACUGCCAUUUUAUCACACUUAACGGGAUCACACUUAAAGGAAAUUGCAUAAGCUCCAAGAGAGGGAGAAAGCCGGACAGAAACUGCUGACUCAGAAGGUGGCCUUGGAAGGCACUCAGAGAUCAAGUAGCCUCAUCCUUCAGGUGGGGGCUGAGGUUCCAGCAGACACCAAGGGCCCUGCCCUCUCCUCUGGCUCCUCAAUCUCUAGUCUGAAAUGGAGCCGUGUUUUUUCUGCCGGGAAGGGCCUCAGGGCCUGGUAAAGGAGGGAGGUGGGGUGAAGGGGGUGGGUUCAUCUGACCCCCAGGGUGGGGUUGAGGGGUGGGGGGAGAGGAGAGGGCACAGCUGCUGGCCACGCCCUCUUUCCUGCCUGGUGGAAAUCUCUAGCACUUCCAAGCUUUCCCAGGAAGUCAGCCACGGCCCGGCUCAGGGAGUUAGGUGCCCAGGGAAAAGGGGGUGGAGACAGGACUGUGACAGUCUCAGGGACCAAUCCCUGCCUCUGCCCACCAGUUUUGGGAGAGAGCAAUAGCAGAUAGGAGACUUAGCUUAAUUCACUUCAGUUCAACAUUCAUUUCUUGAGCAUCUGCUAGGUGCCAGGCACCGUGCCCUGUGCCAGGGACACACACAAAGCCAUAAGAGAGUUGGGGACUGCCAGGUCAGCACUGUAGGGACCAAGAUUAAUUUUUUGGUGCAUCAUUUCCACCUGUGUAGCCACUGCUUCCAGGGCAAGAGUUGAGGAAAGAAGGAAAAGAUUGAAGAAUCUGGGCCCUGGAAGGGAGGAAGGGAAGAGGGAAAAUCCAGCAGGGAUGGGGGUGCAGAGGCCAGGAGAGUGGGCUCAGAGUGGCCAUGGGCAGCCAGCCAGCUUAUCCCAGAGCGAGGGGAGUCCAGCCCAUGUGGACAUUCUAAACCACGGGCUGAGUACCUAACUGCCAAUCAACACACUGCCAAUGGGGUGGGCUAAACCUGGAGCAGGUGGACGCUGCCCGUCUUUCAAGCCAAGCAGCUGGGAGCAGAGAGGUGGGUGGUGGGCACUGCACGCCAGGUGGCAUACACGUCUGUGGCUUGCAGAAUUCGUGUAUCUGGUUGCCUCGGAAGUGCCCUCCUCUCCCAGGCUGAGAGGGGAUCUGCGCUGAUGUUGGGGACAUUCUUUUUUCCAAGGACUCACAACAUCGAGGGCAAUUAUUUGCAAGAGUCCCUCCGUUCAUUCUAAGAGAUCCUAACUUCCAUCCAGAAACCCUCUUCUGGGAUCAUUUCCUUCCCUGCCCUGACAGAGGGGGGCCCGGGGAAAGGCCUCUCUGUGGGCUUUGCGGCCGGAGCAGAGGGGCUGGGUCAGGAGCCAUCUCUGCCCAGGUGCUGCCUUCGUAUGCACUUUCUUCUCGAGCCUCUCAGACCCUCCUUCAGAGGGCUCAGGGCUGCUCCUCCAGGGCCAAUGAGGCUCGGGGCAAAGUGGGGCCCUGUGUAUAGAGGUGGGAAACUGGUGAGAUGUUGCCACAACAGCCAUUUCUACCCUGCUUUCUGGCUAUGGCAGCCUGCUGCUCCUCUUCCUGCACUGUGGGGUUCGAGUCCCACCUCUGGCUGCAUGAGCACUCUGCUGGUUUUGGCCUGCCAGCUUUCUCAGCUGCCCUGCCUCUCCCCCUCACUCAGAACCCUCAGUCUGUCUCUCCCUCCUAAUUAAGGGCCACUGUAAAGAGAGCCGGGCUGGCUAACCCAUGGGAUUUAGCUUAUAAGAACAAAGCACAAUUUUUCAGGACUGAAAUGCCUUGAGGUGCCUUGGAACUGGCUUUGGAAAUAGCGAUCUGCCUCCUAGCUAUGGAUUCACCUCAGUUAUUCCCAACUUCUGUAAAGGAGAAGCUGGCGGGACCCAUACUUCUCUCUGCAAGUCUCCUUGUGAAAAGUUGGGCUGGUAAAUAUUUCCAAGGUGAGGUUAAGCAGACAGACAAUGGAAAAAAAAUACCGGCCAGGUCCAAAAGGAUAAUCCCAAGCCAUAGGAGUGGCUUGGUACCAUUGGAACGGGUGACAAAGGAAAUGUUCCUUCUUGCUUAUGUCUUAAGGGACAGACAGCCUGUGGCUCUGGCAGUGCCUCUUUUACCGCAGCUUGCUGACGCAUUGUACAUAGUCUCUCUGUAGGUUUAGCUAUAUGAUAUAUACAAAUACGAAACACCUCGUGCUCACCCCACACGUUACACUGCGGGGGGGAGGUGAAAUCACUUGUCGAUGUUUUGAGUUGCUUCACCAAAGGCAAAUUAUGGAAUGUUCUUACUGUUCUUUGUGCACUGGAGGGGGAAACCCCAAUACUUAUGCACUUUCUGGGCUUUAUGUGCUAUGUGGCGGCUGGAAGGCGUGUUUGGAAGGGGAGAGGAACUUCGGCGGUCCUCUGUGACCGUCUGCUUGGGUAUAUCUGCUUUUGGGAGCGGACGGAGUUUCUUCUGCAGUUUGUCUUACUGCUUGAAUCUACCGGCGACAAUAAACGGACUAUCUCCACUGGA